AUGGACUCACCGGAAAGGCGACCCAAAGCUGACCGCUCGGUGCUCCGCCGGCAGGUGGCCUGCUCGGCGGCCAUGGCUUCCUGCGAGAAGGCGGGAGCCGCGAAGUGGGUUCUUUGCCUGCGCUUGCUCUCUGAGCUGCCGACCUCUUUUUGGGUCCCGGACCGCAUCUGCUACAGCUCCUGCAUCAGCGCCUGCGAGAAGGCCAGCCGCUGGCGAGCGGCCCUGGAGAUCUUCCAGGACAUGUGUGGGAAGCGGCUGCAGGCAGAUGUUAUCAACUACGCCGCCGUGAUGAGUGCCAUGGAGAAGGGACAUAGGUGGCAAGAAGCGCUGCACCUGUUUGCGCAGAUGUCGCAUGCCAAGCUGCAGGCCAACACGGUGAGCCUGUCCGUGGCAGUGAGCGCCUGCGAGAAAGGCCGCAACUGGCAGAUGGCGCUGGAGUUGUUCGAGGGCGCGGGGUCCUUGGAUGUGGCGCUACUCAGUGCGGCCCUGGCGGCCUGCGAUGUGGGGGGCUGCUGGGAGAGGGCCGUGGCGAUUUGGAGCGCGGAGUUUUCGCGGUCCAUCCAGGUGAACUCUGUGGCCCUGAACGCGUGUCUCAGCGCCUGCGGUCGCGCGACUCGCUGGGAGCUGGUUCUCAGCAUACUUGAAGCAGACCAGGCCGAAAAAGUGGACGCCACCAGCUACGGGGUGGCGGCCCAGGCCUGCGCGGCGGCCUUGAGGCCAGCGACACGAGGAACCGAGAGACCCGAGACCGAGAGCCCGGUUGGGUUGGGCCGGCUGGUGGGAAGGGAGCUGUACCUCAGCCUUUGA